AUGGGAUGUGACUUGCUAAGUAUCCUGUAAACCUAAGUAGAUUGUCAGAGCAAGUGUAAACGUCACCUGUGUACGCCGUCCUAUUGAACAUCGAGCCUUCAUUGAACGUCAUUGUUCAAUCAGCGUGACUAGCGUUCAGACAUUGAACAUUUAAGGGAUAAACUUAGAGGUGACAGCAGAAUCCAUGAGUUCCAUAAUUUGUCUGUUAAACGGUAGAGAAUAGUGGUCAUAUGCCAUUGAAGAAGGCUACAUAUUCGAGGCCUGGUGUGCGUAUAUAUCUCUUCAUUGGCUGUGUGAUAGUAUGGGCCGCGCUGGAACUGACCAUAGAAAGAUCAGACGAUUCUCUGUUUAUUCCUCAGACAAGCAGAGAUCAUGUCACAGAUGGAACCACAUUUUAUUCAGGAUUUCUCGUCAACACGAAUGGCUGCAGGAUUCCUGACCUUGACCCGAUGGACAUCUCGGUGCGCAAGUUCGUCUACGACGAGCCAGUGCUCAACUGUUCUGCACAGUACGGUCCUGCGCUGGUCCUGUCUAACCUGACGGCUGUGUACAUCAACACGUCUGCACUUUCCUACUACAACGUGACAGUAGGGCAGAUCAGCUGUUGCUACAGGCCGUUUUGGCGGGAGGAAGUGAAAUUCAACCCGUCCGGAGAGUAUCCUUCCAAUGUUGACUCAACCGUGAGAUUUGCAGACAAUUGUGUGCCGUUCCUCAGAUCUGCUACAAUACACAACAAGUAUGUGAAGGUGGAGUGUUCCGUAGGAAAUGACACGGUAUACAAAGACUAUUAUGCAUUUUUUCCAAAAGACUUAUCAUCAAACACCACACAACCACAACACUCAACUAACUCUGAAGAAGCUGUAAGUGUUUUAGUUUUUGGGGUGGAUGCAGUCUCGCGUCUAAACCUUUAUCGUCAAAUGCCAAAGACUCUUAAGUUCUUAAAGAAAACACUUAAUGCUGUGGAAAUGCUAGGAUAUAAUAAGGUAGAGGAUAAUACAUUUCCUAAUUUGAUACCGGUUUUAACAGGCCUCACUACAGAGGAAUUGAAACAAAAAUGCUGGCCAAAGACCCAUUAUGUUUUUGAUGACUGCAACUUCAUCUGGAACAACUUUAGUGAUUUAGGGUUCAAAACUGCAUUUGGUGAAGAUGCUUCAUGGAUGGGAAUAUUUAACUAUGUUAAAAGAGGAUUCCGAAAACAGCCAACUGAUUAUUACAUGAGAGUUCUAAAUAAAGUAGCCGAAGACGAUAUUGGUUUUGAAAAAAGAUUGAAUGCAAACCUCUGCAUCGGUCCUAGAAAGAGUUUGGAGACCUUGAUUGACUACGCUUCAAAAUUUUCAAUCACUAUGAAAGACGUUUUAACAUUCUCUUUUUUUUGGGGAACAAGUUUAUCCCACGAUUACUUAAACUUGCCAAAGUACGGCGACGAGGACCACAAAGUAUUUUUUGAGAGUUUGUACAAUCACGGUAUCUUCAACAACACAAUCUUAGUAUUCUUGAGUGACCAUGGCAUCAGGUGGGGAGGAAUACGAGGAACUUAUCAAGGAUAUUUAGAAGAGAGGUUGCCAUUCCUGUUUAUAGUUUACCCAGACUGGUUCAGAAGCAAGUAUACGACAGCUGUUAGCAAUUUGAAGAGAAACGCUAAAAAAUUAACAACACCUUUUGAUCUGCAUGAACUCUUGAAAGAUCUGACAAAUCUGAAACAACUUGAGAAGGAAACACUGAAGAAAAGAUCUGAAGCUUUACAGAAUGCUCAAACACUCCCAAGAGGUAUCAGCAUGUUCCUGCCUGUUCCCGGGGACCGCACUUGCCCCGACGCAGGGAUAGUUGACCACUGGUGCACUUGUCACCAAAGUAAGGAUAUUUCUACUAACAACACCUUGGUAAGACAAGCUUCCGCCUAUUUGGUGAAGCACAUUAAUUAUUUGCUCCAUGAUUUUACUCAGUGUGUGGAAUUGACACUGAAGAAGAUCAUGCACGCAAGAGAAGAAAAGUCAAUUUCUCACAGUUCCUUUGAAACUUCUGACAAAGGACUUACUGACCUGAGCAUUACAAUUCAAACUACUCCAGGGAAUGGACUAUUUGAGUCGACAGUGAGACACGAUGGGAACCAAAACAGCUUUAGUGUUGUAGGAACAAUCAGCAGGAUAAACUUAUAUGGGGACCAAAGUAAGUGUAUGCCCAACUACAAGCUGCGACUAUAUUGUUAUUGCAACCACGAGUAAUAUAUCUACUGGCUGGUGUUUUAUAUUGAAUUCACAAACCUAGAUGAAUUUUUUUCCCCCUGGUAUGAUCAGUUAUUACAAACCAAUAUGGACAUGAAAACAUGCAGAAUAGUUUUAACAACAAGUAACUGAAUAGCAUUACGUACUUGCUCAAACACCUGGACUAAAAUUCAAAAUUCACAUUAUAGAGAAAUAUGUUAGUCAAUUAAUUUUUUGCAUUUUGAUUCAUUAUUAGGGUUAAAAAUAUUUGUACUUAUUGAUAUGAGUUUUACACAAAAUAAUUAGGUUUAGUUGGAUGGUAAGCAAAUGCGCUGAUAAAUGUUUAAAUGUGCCAAAGAUGUUAAAAUGUAGAUUGUACUAAAAGUUUGUUACCAAUAAUUUUCUAAGAAAGUUGAAUGAUAUUGUAAAAAUAUUUAUAGUGCCAAUAAUACAAUUGUUCUCAAAUUUAAGGUGUUAAUAGCUGUAUCCCACAUUGACUGCAAAUUUUAGUUGUAUUAUUUUUAUUCCUUUUGAA